AUGAGCUUUCGACCGAAGCGUGGCGGGUCCCUUUCGCUCUGCUCCUUGGUAAUAGUUCUUUUGAUUUCCACGCAGGCAGCAGCCCUCUUCUGCGGGGAUGACAACUGCUUCGAGCUACUGGGAGUGCGUCGCAAUGCGACGAAGGCUGAGGUACGGCGUGCAUAUCGACGUCUCUCCGCCGAAUUACAUCCAGACAAGAGGCCAGGGGUUGAAGGGGCCGUAGAGGAGUUUGCAAAGAUUGGAACUGCAUAUGAAACACUGACAGACAAUGAGAAGCGUGCGAAGUAUGAGGAUUUCUUGGACAACCCGGGAAAGUACUGGCAAUACCUGAUGGACAACGCCAAAGAUGUAUACGCCCCGAAAUCCAACGUAUAUUUCGUUCUCACGGGAAUAGUUGGUAUUGUCACGCUUCUUCACUGGCUGAAUAUGAACUAUUCUUACAAACAGACUCUUCAAAGAUUACGAGAAUCUCAGGAGUUCAAGAGGGAAGUCUCACGUCUAGUGAAAUCAAAGCAGGCGAAGACAAAAGAAGAGGCUGAAGCCAUGAUCAAUCUCGACGUCGUGGGGCUUGAAGAGCCGGACUGGCGAAAUCUGAUAAUCUUCAAGCUAAUGGCUCUACCGGGCUGCGUCGCAAGAGUAAUGCUGUGGAACAUUAAUUGGAUUGUCGCAUACAAGAUUCGAAAGCAGGAGUACUCAGACAGUGAUAAGAUUUACCUGAUACAAAAGAACAUGAAGCUUUCUGACCAAGCUUGGGAGAGCCUAUCUGUUAAAGAUCAGCAAUUGUAUGUCAGUGAGGAGCUUUGGGACUCUGAAAAGUAUGAAGAAUUUGUCUUCAGAAGAAGGAUUGAGCUUAACAAGGCAGGCAAGAACAAGAAGAAGAAGAGGCAUACGCCAACCCCAUACUCAGAAGUCGAGGAAGUCACAAUGUCCGACUAGGCAGUUGUAGUCGCGCUUCGGAAAAUUGACGUCAUCCCUGGUUAUUUGGGAACUCAAACAGACAGUGUUCGUGCUGCUGCAGCACAGCACAGCUCUUCGGCAUUCGACCAAAUUUGUCUAGCCUGUUACUAUCUCAUGUUCAUAUAGAUUGGCUCCGCAGCACCCGCCUUCUUGUCCACGAAGAACUUAACAAGCUAAUACAGUAAAAUCACGCGUCCCUAAGAAAGACACUUUAUGCAUGCUGGGAACGCAGUGCUUGGAAA